AUGGCCGACACCUCGUCAAAGAAACGAAAGGCGGCUCCAGGCUCGGAGAAUUCAGCUGGCAACAAGAGAGCUAGAGACAAAAAGCAAUGGCGCACGCCACGAAAAGAGGGGAUGUCCAGUCGAGGCAUCGAACCAGGCGACGUUGGCAUUUGGGUCACUUGUGACAUGAAAAAGCAAAGCAAAUGCGCAGCAGAGUGUCGGGAUCUGUUCGAAGAGUAUGCGGCGAAGCUCUACGAAGCGGCAGCAGCUGAGAGCGGCGAUGCCGAGGACGGCGAGGCAGACAUCGAAGCUGAGAUCCAGCAAGAGCUUGAAGCGAUCCGAAAGCCAUCGGCGGAGCCGCUGUUCACGCAAAUCAGAAUCGAGACGGAAUGCCUUGUCUUUUUCAAAACACGUCCCCCUAUCGAGCCAGUCUCAUUCGUCCAUGCCAUCUGCGAGGAUGCUGCAAAUCGCGCGGGGCAAAAGCAGACUCGGUUCAUUAGACGACUUACGCCAAUGACGGCCAUAGGAAAGGCGACGGAAAAGGGCAUUGACGAGAUCGCUGCGGAAGUGCUCAAGCCACAUUUCCACACGCCGGGCGCUCGAUCGAAAAAGUUCGCAAUUCGGCCGACUCUGCGCAACAACAAAACAGAUCGGCUCGCGCUCAUCAAGCGGGUGGCAGAGGCGGUGGGGCCAGGUCAUCCGGUCGACCUGAGCAGUCCGGACGUGACAAUAUUGGUCGAGGUAUACCAGAAUGUGUGCGGAAUGAGCGUCGUCGGUAGCGAUUACGAGCAGCUCAAGCGAUACAAUAUCGCAGAGAUAUACGAGCCCACGGGCAAGAAGCAAUCCGAAUGA